UUCUGAUUAAACAGACAUGGGUUUCUCUUACGAGGACUUAACCAUUACCGGGGAGAAAUAUUUGCCUACCCGAUGUUUCUACAAAAAGAAAUGUCCAAGAAGGCAAAUGUUACAUUCUUUUGCAUGGAUGUUACUUGCAGGUACUGGCCAUACCUUAACAAACUAGCAGAGGGGUUACCAGAGCUUCUGCCCUUGACGGACAUGAGGCCAUUUCUUAGCGUCAUGCACGCUAAAGCCCAUACAGCAAAAUGCGAGGUGAGAUUGGGUGGCAGAAGCCAGGAUGGAGCAGGAAACACAGUGGGAGAGGAAGUGGAGCAGGUGAACAGCUUUCUUUCCAGGGCAGCUCUUGUCACAAAAUAUAUGACAAAAGCAGGAAGAGUCAACAUGCUAACCCAACAGGCCAUGGGUUGGAACCGAAGAAAGAGGGAUAACCUUCAUCAAGCGUUAGCCCACAGAUACAUCAAAAUCACAGAUAGGGCAGCGGUGGAAGCUGUCAACCUCAGGAGCAUCAAGGAGCAGCACAACGUGGAUCAGGAGACCACAGAGCAUUGGGUGUGUGAUGUCAGGCAGUGGGCGUUAACAGACAGAGUCUACACUCCAGGGUGCAUUGAAGACCUCAGGGCUGAAAUUGAAAACUUAACAGUAACCCUUUUGCGCAAUAAGCAAGACCUGUAUCGUCAGCAUGAUAGCAACCAGACAAGACAGAGAAAAAGAAAGACAAUGACACAGCUGAAGAUGAAGCUUCGUGAUCUGGUCUCGCAGUACAACACCACCGUGGAAACAGAUCAGAUUGACGAGGAGUUGGCGUGCAGUCUGACAGAGGGCUACAUCCUGCCAUGGGAGACACAUGAAGAUGGCGCUACCUUCAGGUUGAAGAGGUUGGUCUUUGACCAGAUAAUGCUGCUGAAACGCAUGGAGGAGGAGCAGAGCAUCCUGGUGAAAGAGAUGUCCCAACACGUUAUGUACCUUCUAAAGGAAGUACAACAAGUGGAGGCACUCAAGGGACAGACUUUGGAGAGCAUCAAAACAAACAGUUUGUACUACAUCACACAUAUGUACGUUGUCUGUGUGAUGUAUCAUCUUUUUCAUUCUGUUUUUCCCCACAAUUCCUCAACAGAUUUUGGUGACCUGACAGAGGACGCUACACAUGGGCUCAACAGUGUUCUCGGUCGGAGGUGGCACUACCUAAAAAGCCAAAAGAAACAGGCUGUAAAUGCUUACAGUAGUAUAGCCUCGAAGGAACUUGUUUUCUUCCAUAUACAGGAGGACAUUGAGGAGUGGGAGGUCAACGGCUUCACUAGCCCCGAGUCAGAGGAAGAAGAAACGUAAAGGCCACUGCCUCUCUCCCUUUACGCUACUGUCCUCUCCAACUCGGCGUAAUCACUAUGUAUUGUAUUUCUUGUGUAUACCCCUGUGAAGUGUUGAAAAAUACAUCUUAUUUAAUUAGUUACUUGUUACUGUAUGUAAAAUCAAUCAAAAUACCUUUAGUGUAGGGUGGCCUUGACAUAAAAAAGCCUUUAUGUAAAUUUUUUGUACAUAGGAUACUAAUAGUGUAAUAAUUGUUGGCAUUACUCUUUAAAUACUGUUUUAACAUUCCUAUAGGCCAGUAAGCCUUUUGUCAGGGGAUUUAUAUUUGCUAAUAAUAGCCUAUGUUGGAUAAAAAAUUUUGAUAUUUCAAAAAAUUUCAAAAAUGAAUAAAAAUUAGGAGGCAUUGACUCUGAGGACCAUCUAGGGGUCCCGUACCCCCUGUUAAAGAUCUGUGACCUAGACUGAGGUUGCUGAUCUGCUAGGGAGCUUUAAGGGAACCCAUUGAGAGAAAAAAGGAAACCUGUUUCUGAUGUUCUGAUGUUUGAAAGUUCUUAAUUUUAGAUUUAAAUAAAGAUGUAUUGUCCCAGAGGGAUAUUUGUUUUAACAGUCUGUACAGAUAGCAAUAUAUAGACUUACAUCCCUAUACUUUUGUUGUCACUAUGUUCUAUGAAGAAAAUAUAGCCAUUUUUUAAAUGAUUAAAAUAAAUAAAAGUGUAAAGAUAUAUGCCUAUACAUUGUUUAAUAUGUGCUUAGAGUCCCUUGACAUAGACACAAAAUGUGCCAGGGCUACCUGGACCUGGUUUACUUGUAAACUGUGUAUUAUUAAAAACA